AUGGAAGACCUAAUAGUUGAAACACGUAAUGGCCAAGUACGUGGUACAAUAAAAAAGAGCGUUGAAGGGUACAGUUAUUGCGCUUUCUUAGGAAUACCUUAUGCCAAGCCGCCGAUUGAUAAUUUAAGAUUUAAAGAUCCAGAAGCAAUAGAUAAUUGGACGGGUAUAAAAAGCGCAACGGAAUAUGGGAAUCCAUGUGCUCAAGACGAUUCCGUCGGUGUGUUUUACGGAAGCGAAGACUGCCUUUAUUUGAAUGUUUGCGUGAGAUCGUUAAAAAAUGUCAAUGAACUGAAACCAGUUAUGGUUUGGAUCCACGGAGGUGGUUAUUUGCAAGGAUGUGGAGAUGAUAAAUACUAUGGACCUGAUUAUUUACUCAGGAAGGAUAUUGUAUUCGUAUCUUUCAAUUAUAGACUGGGAAUAUUCGGAUUUCUGAAUUUAGACCACGAAAUAGUAGCAGGCAACAUGGGAAUCAAAGAUCAAAUUAUGGCACUGAGGUGGGUUCAAGCAAACAUAAGUAAAUUCGGAGGCGAUCCAAACAAUGUUACAGUUUUUGGAGAGAGUUCAGGUGCGACCUCCGUACAAAUAUUAUGUCUAUGCCCGCAGUCGAAAGAUUUAUUUCAUAAAGCAAUACUACAAAGUGGUAGUAUUCAAUAUACUUGGGUGAUAACGAAAACCCCUAAAAAGUAUGGCUACCAGUUGUGUACUAUGCUCGGCAAAUAUAACGAUGACCCUAAUGAAAUUUACAAAUUCUUAAUGACACUUGAUACUCGAAAAUUAGUACAACUUCAGGACAAACUUCGACGUACUACGGACAAACUCCAUUGCCUCUUUGUCUUCACUUUGGGAAUAGACAAUAAGUCUCCUAAUCCCGUGAUGCCUGUACAUCCUGACGAACUCAUGACGCGAAGUAUCGAAAAACCAUGCCUAUUUGGGCAUAAUAAUGCCGAAGGGCUUAUUUAUCUAAUGGAUCUGCAAAACUUCGUAGGAUUGGAAAAAUCAGACUUUGAAAGAAUCAACAGAAGUUUCAAUUCAAUAAUCAACGAAAGAGCGACGGAAUUGUUGAAAGGAUACGGACUGACCAAACAAGAUUUGAGAUAUAUGUACUUCAAGGACGAAAGAAUUACGUUGAGCAAUUGCGUCAAAUUUGCAUUCUUGCUCGCGGAUUUGUACAUACUUGAUGGCAUUCAUAAAUUCGCAAACACGCAAGUCGAAAAGAAUCCUCAUCCACAAUACUUUUAUCAAUUUUCUUAUGACGACGAGCCAUCGUGCAUGAAGACGUUGCUGCCGGUUCAAAGCAAAGGUGCUUGCCAUUGCGAUGAAUUAGAUUACGUGUUCUACAGCAACUUUCGUACCCAAAAAGGUUUCAAACCUUUUCAAAAGGGCACUCCGUCUUACAAAGUUAUGGAGCGGAUGACAGAACUGUGGACAAAUUUCGCAGCGCACGGAACACCUACGCCGAGUACUUCUGACAUUGUACCCGAGGAAUGGAAACCACUUGAUAAUGGUACAAAUCUCCGUUACAUGGAUAUAGGAAGGGACUUGACCAUGAAAACAAUGACGAAUAUUCGAGAACAAUAUAUAGCAUACAAAGCUGCGAAAGAUCAUUCAUCGAAGCAGUAAAAAAGAGAUAGCAAGAAACUAUUUACGGCCUAUCAGAA